CAUCGCAGUCAAGUCAUUCUUUUUCUUGGAGGUUACCCCUUGAUGAAGGACUUCCAAACUUCCAAUCGGAGAUGACAUCUUCUCGGAUAAGUAAAUUUUUUCUUUGCAACUUCUGAUUAGUAAAGUAACGCCACUUCCACUAUACAUAUUAGACGAGACACAGAGUACGUACUUUCUCCGAAUAAGGGGCUGAUCGCUCACACACAACUUGUAAAAUGGCACAAGAAUCAGCCCCUGAUCUUACGUUUGUGGAUGAUUUUUACUUCACAUUAUUCUUUGAUGAAGAAGAUCAAGAUGAGAUUUUCCCAGUGUCGGAUGCCAAGUAUGCGGAAGGGUUGCAGCUCCAAGAGGUUCUGAUGAGCGACCUCAUCACUUCUCAAAUGGCAAACAAAGGGGCCUCAUCAUCAUCGCCAACAAUCCAAGCAACUCCUCCGGCCCCCAACCACCCAGAGCCGGAGGCGGCAACAAAAGAAGCCGGAGAAUCAUCGAACAGCUUCUGCGACAUUUGUGUGGAGAGGAAGGACAGUAACCAGAUGUUCAGAAACGAGAGAUGCGUUCACUCUUUUUGUUCUGACUGCAUUAGCAAACACGUUGCCACAAAGAUCCAAGAUGGCAUAACCGUUGUUUCUUGCCCCGGAUUAAUGGAAUGCAAGGGUGUCCUAGAAAUCGAAGAUUGCAGGUCAAUGCUUCCCAAAGACGUGAUGGAAAGGUGGGAGGAGAUGCUAUGCAGAGCGCUGUUUGGGUCUGAGAUGGUGUUUUACUGUCCUUUCAAGGGCUGCUCAGCCAUGUUGGUGAACGACAAGGAAGAAGGAGAAGUCAUUAGGGAGUCGGAGUGUCCAUUCUGCCAUAGACUCUUCUGCGCGCAGUGUUAUGUCCCCUGGCAUUCAGGGAUAGAGUGCGAAGAGUUCCAGAAACUGAAUGAGAGUGAGAGAGAAAGAGAGGAUCUCAUGCUGAGGGAGCUUGCUCUGGAGAAGAAAUGGAGGAGGUGUCCCAAUUGCAAAUACUAUGUGGAAAGGAUUGAUGGUUGUUUACAUAUGAUUUGCAGGUGUACAGUCGAGUUUUGCUAUGGAUGUGGAGCAACAUGGACUGAAGAUCAUGAUGGUGAUUGCGUGAGAGAUUAACUUACUAGACAAAGCAUAAUGAGGAUGUUAUUGUGAUUCGUGAACAUUAAUUAAUUGUUAUAUUAGUAUUGAUAGGAAUAUGCGUCAAGAUGUUUAUUUUACAUGACAUUAUUAUAUGGUUUGUAUAGGCCUUUUGUGAUGCACAAAAGUGCACAUGGUGAUCAUAUGAGGACUUGAGCAGCAUCAAUGAAAUUAGCAGAUUCAUGUCAUAUCGAUCU